UAUGCUAAAUACACCCUAUUUUCUUAGCUAUAUAUUUACACCAUGGAAAGGUUAGGCUUGGACACUUGCCUUUUGAAACCUAUCAAAUCAAGAGGUUUUAGAGAGAACUAAAAAUUAAAGAUAAGUGAUCAUACACCGAGAGAGGAAGAGGAAGAAAAAGGUCUAUAGAAUAGAAAUUAGUGGCAACAUAUACAAGUGUUACUAAAAGUAAAAGAGAAACAAAGAAACAUGGGAAGACCACCUUGUUGUGACAAAGAAGGUGUUAAAAAAGGACCAUGGACUCCUGAAGAAGAUAUCAUACUUGUUACUUAUAUACAAGAACAUGGUCCUGGAAAUUGGAGGGCUGUUCCAACCAAGACAGGGUUGUCAAGAUGCAGCAAAAGUUGCAGACUUAGAUGGACUAAUUACCUAAGGCCAGGAAUCAAACGGGGUAACUUCACUGAACAAGAGGAGAAGAUGAUUAUCCAUCUUCAAGAUCUUUUAGGAAAUAGAUGGGCUGCAAUAGCAUCAUACCUUCCACAAAGAACAGAUAAUGACAUAAAAAACUAUUGGAAUACUCAUUUGAAAAAGAAGCUAAAGAAAUCACAAACAGGUAAUAAUGCUGAAUGCAUUAAUUUUGAAGAAGAAAAAUUUUCAGCAUCUCAAAGAAUUCCAAGAGGUCAAUGGGAAAGAAGACUUCAAACAGAUAUUCAAAUGGCCAAAAAAGCACUUAAUGAAGCACUUUCACCACAAAAAUUAUCUCCUAACUUUUCUACUUCAAACCCUACAAAUAGUAACUCAUUUUCUUCCACUAAAGAACCAGGUCAAUCGUUUUGCUAUGCUUCAAGUGCAGAUAACAUAGCGCGUUUAUUAAAGGGUUGGAUGAAAAAUCCGAUUAAAUCAUCGGUAAGUACUAAUUCAGUUGUGACACAAAAUUCCUUCAACAACUUUGAUUCUGCUUCUAGUAGUGGAACAAAGGGUGAAAUAUUGUCUGAAACAUUUGAAUCUUUGUUUGGUUUUGAGCCUUUAGAGUCUUUGGAGUCAUCGAAUUCUGAAUUUUCUCAUCAGUCUUUGUCACCAGACGCAACGAUUUUACAAGAUGAAAGUAAGCCUGAUGUUGGUUCAGAAACAAUGCCCUUUUCUUUGCUUGAGAAAUGGCUUCUUGAUGAAGCAAGUUGUCCUGAAAAAGUAUUAGGUUGUGGUGGUGAUCAUGCUCAAGUUUUCUAAACUGGUUUAGGUUUUAAUCUGCAUUUUCGGUUUAGAUAAAGCUAUGAAUCUUUAUAUUGCGCGGUGCAAUACUAGCAAAGCUGAAAUGUGGUUGUGAUGAUGUUGUUGCUUGGAUGGUGAAGUAGUACUCCCUCCCGUAGUCGCGGUUACGCUGCUAACCUUUACGUUGCAGUAAGAUACAAACAAAUGUGGUAUAAAUUAUGGUUGUGAUGCUUGUGCAGAGACCUUUAAAAUCGUUGCAAUUGUGGAACACAAUUUAAAGUUAUGGUUCAAGUUCUGAAAUAUAUGUGGAACUUUCUGAUAUUUUUCUUUUAUAUGAUUUCUAUAGGAAAGGUCUUCUCAUCAAUCUUUGAUGUAUUUCCUUGGUACUAAAGAGAAACAAGUUUUCAAUCUUUUGGUGGUAGAUGUGUAUAUUUUACUAUUAACAUGAUUAUUAUUAUACACUUUUACAUACCAUAAUGGAAAACUUGCUUGACUUGUGUAAUGCUUCAACAAUGUGAUCUUCCUUUAUGAAUUUAUUGUUUCAUUCUUUUUCCAA